UCUCACUCUAUUUAAAAUGUGAGAAUGCUGUAGCCAGUCUUGUGCUAGAGACGCGCGACUUUUGGCGAUGACUCGCUGGAAAUUACUACUCCUCUUACUCUGUAUUAGUGUUUGCCAGGCCAAGCGCUCUGUGGUCUACCCAAGGAUCCUGGAAACCAGGGAUUCCAAUGGACAUAAGGUCGUUUCUAUCAAUGACGAUAUCUCGCUGCGCCUAUCCCGAACCUCCGUGUUUGCUCAGCCUCUGACAUUUAUGUCGUAUGAGGGAGGUCAACUGAACAAAAAGAUGGUUAAUGUCGACCAUAUCGAAGACAAUCUCUACCGUGACCCUGAACACCACGCUGCUAUUAUAAUACGAGAAAAGUCUACUGGAACGGAGCUGGAAGGAAUACUGAAGAAUAAAUUCAGGAUUAAAUCACUGCCGUCGGGACCCCGCGUCAAUGGACAGAUGGCCCAUCUGUUGGAAGAAAUGGAAGACGACGAAAACCUCGACGCGUUAGAUUUCGUCGACGCUACAGGUCUCAUUGGUGAGGACGACCGUUCAGUAGGCGAGCCUGUCCCAGAUACAGUGUAUCCCGAAAUACUAGCUGUAUCGGAUACAUCCCACCUGGUGAAUAUGAAUGACUCGAAGAUGUUGGACUACUUGGCGGUCUAUUACACAGCGAUGAACAUCUUCUUCAUGCCGCUGACGCAGCCGAAACUGGAGCUGCGCCUCGUCGGAAUACUGAAUUUAAGAGAGCAGCCGCCUUACAUGGUUACAGCGAAAAAUAAGCGCGGCAAAUGGGUUCUGGCCAUGGGGAGAACGAACCAUCUUUUUUCUAGAUACUUGAACACGGAGUUGGAUCGCAAACACUACUACGAUGGCGUCGUAUGGAUGACCUCCUUGGGGAUCGGGAGAAUUAUUAACGGAACAGGAGUGACAGCCGUGGGAGGUAUAGCAUUCGGCAGGCUGUGCACUCGCACCAGGCUCGUUAUGGUUCCUGAUUAUAACUGGCCCGGUCGGAAACUGCUCGUCACCGCUCACGAGAUCGGACACAUGGUCGGUGCUCCACACGAUGCCGCUGGUGGACUUCCCAUAUGCAAAGGUGUUCACGGCUACAUUAUGAGUGGCCCCAGCGGCAACGGACCCAAGAGAGUGCAAUUCUCUGAAUGCAGCAAAGUCCAUAUCAGGGGAUUCCUGAGCAAACACCUUGGCCCGAAAUGUUGGAAGACUAACUUCAACUACAGUGAAGUGAUCAACCAAGGAGAAGAAAUGCGUGGACAACAGGAAUUCCUUAAUACAUACUGUCGCGGUGAACGGUAUGCUCAGCUGGAAAUUGAAACUGAUUCUCGGUGCACCUUAAAGUGCUGCAAAUACCAAAACAAGAAAAAGCCAAACUGCAACUCGCAAAUAACUCCAAACGGCACCAUCUGCGGCGAGAAUAAGGUGUGCUUCAAUGAGAUAUGCGUGGAUAAAGAUGAGGCCGAGGGGUUCUAUCUCUAAGCUACGAGCGUCCCUCGUCCUGCCUGUCCUGUCAUGUUUCCUUGUACGUCAAGACAGAUGACCGGUAUCAUGAAGUCUCUGGUUUUACCCACUAUGGCUGCGGCAAGUGAAGGGGAACGUGGUUGGGACAUCGGUGCGUUCCGGAUACGUCACUAUAUAGACGUCAUUUUUUCGCAAAUUGCAAAAGCAUUCGUCAUAUGUAAUUAAAUGUACAAUAAAAACAGAGAAGUAUGUAGUGCAACUGAUGAUGACGAGCACUGAUCUAGUUGUUGUCACGCGAGGAUCAUUCAGUGCGCGAUUGCACGUGAAAUAAAAUUCCUUCUCCGGC